UUGGGGUUUGAAGACUAAAAGGACCAAGUGGGUCCUCCAUUUUCUUCAGUGGAGCAGUGACUCUUCAGUCUUCACUGCAAUCUGAGAUCUUAAGCAAAGAAAACCCAACAAUGUCAAGUCCACCCACCUACAAAAACAAAAGAGGAAAAGAAAGUAAAACACAGUGUUGAAAAAAGAGAAGCAAACAACCUCAACAACAUCAUCAGCAUCAAUUUUCUUCUUUUCUUUCUUCUUUAGAUAUUCGAGUUCACCUACUCUAAUACCGACCACUCUCCACCCCAACUUGCAAUUUGCAAAAGCUCCAUUCUUCGAUCAAUAGUAAGUCUCCCUGCAACUCUUUAGCCUUUUGAUCAGUUUUGUUCAGCUUCCAGUUGUAAGUGAGAAGAAGAGAGAAAAUUGGGUUUUCUUUUCUCAAACAACUCUGGUCUUGUUCUGGGUUUUUCUUUCCUCAAUUCUGUAGGCGGUUGCUAACCCAUCUCUUGGAGCAGAAAACAGUUAGAAGAAUCUAACGAAGAAGUUAUAUUGCAAAGUUUUUUUGGUUGGGAUGGAUUCGUUUCGUGAGGCAGCUGGGUUCUGUUACAAUCCAAGUACAGAGGCUAUGGGAGAGGCAGAUGGAGAUAGAGAGUUCUCAGGGAUUCUAGAAAUUUAUGUUCAUCAUGCCAGGAACAUCCAUAACAUCUGUAUCUAUGACAACCAAGAUGUGUAUGCGAAAUUCUCCCUCACUUGCAGCCCAGAUGAGACCCUUUCAACUAGAAUUAUCAAUGGUGGUGGCAAGAACCCAGAAUUCAAUGAGAGCCUGAGAAUGAAAAUAACCCAGAUUGAUGCAGUCCUCAAAUGUGAGAUUUGGAUGCUUAGCAGAGUCAGAAAUUACUUAGAAGACCAAUUGCUAGGAUUUGCUUUGGUUCCCACAUCGUUAGUUGCAGGAAAAGGCAAGGUAACCCAGGAUUUCACCCUUUCAUCAACUGAUCUUUUCCAUUCCCCCGCCGGAACUGUCAAACUCACUUUGUUUCUCAACACAUCCCUGCCUAUUACUCCCUCUGAAACCAAUUCGUCCAUCACCUCAGAAGUUGUGUUGCUUGAUCGCAAAUCCUCGGAGGCUGUAUUGGAUCCAGAUGAAUAUGGGAGGAUAGAGUUCCCUGACAUCAAUGUGGCGAGGGAGAAUCAGCAAAUGGUCUCACAGUAUUUCAACAUGGCAGAGCACAACUUUGCUUCAAGGACUAGAUUAAUAGGACCCACUCCUUUCCUUCAUCUUGGUGCACGUCUGCAGCCCGUGGAUGACUACGACAUGACAGUAAACUCCUCGGAGGAGAACUGUGGUGGAUCUGUUUCUCCAAAUGGAAGCAUCCACAAUUCUGGGUUCUUCAGUUCUACUACAACUAGCUUAAGUGAUGACAGGAACUCGGGUGACUCAAUGGAGAAAAAGAGUAAUAUGGCUGGUGAUUCAUCCAGUUCUCAGGUGGCCUCAAUCUCCACAGAGGCUCAUCAGAGCUCUGGAGCUUCUCCAGACACACCCACUUCAAAGAAAGGGAAUGAUGAUACAGAUGAAAAAGAGCUCAGUUUUACAAGAAAGAAAGAGGAGAGUUCCAAAGAAAGCAACCCCUCUUCUUCUGACUUGGGUCCAGUGUUUACAGCUCCUCUGGGGAACAUCAACCUUGAGGCUGAGCAGACAGCCAUGCAGCAGCAGAUAGUUGAUAUGUAUAUGAGGAGUAUGCAGCAGUUUACAGAAUCACUGGCGAAGAUGAAGCUUCCAAUGGAUCUUGGUAAACCAGAAUCUGAUGACCAUGGUGAUGUUAUACAGAAUCGUAAUGGCAAAUUGGAAACUGAUAAAAAGAAGAAAGAUGGGUCAAGGGUAUUCUAUGGUAGCCGUGCUUUCUUCUGAUGGACUUGUGCUAUUUAAUUGCAGUGAAUAGCUUAAUUUACAUUAACUUGGUCUUCCUUGUCUUCCUUGGUAAGUGCUAUUUAUGACAUAGGGUUUCGAAUUCAAGGCUGUUAACCUAGAUGACCAUAUAUAUAUCUUUUAUGUACUGUUUUUGACAUAAAGAAGCCUUCUGUUUAUGUCCUAAGGCCUGGUUUGUUUACAGUGUAAUUUCAUUUGCACUGGUGCAAGUGUAUUGGAAUGCAAAUGAUUUGAGUGUGAAUUCUGAUUUUUUCUUGUCUUAACUUUCACCCUAUCUUGUUUGCUUUUAUCACAGAUGUGGUAAAGUAAAACCUGAAGCAAAAUAAAAUAAAAUCUGAAGCAAAAGUGGACUAGAGUUUGCAUUUUUGCCAUUUGUACU